AUGUCAGGUCCAGAUAUCUCUCACCAUAUUGCAGGCCUUAUCGAGGUUGUAGAAGGCAUAGCGGAAGCCUACGACCCCAUUAAAGACCUCCGUGGCCUACCGGAAGCCUUCCAAGAAGUGAACAAAGUGCUUCCGCUCAUGGAACAAACCCUUCGAGAUGCGAAGAGCCCGGCAAAGAAACUCAAGUUCUCCAAGGAGGCCAAGGCGUUAGAGACUGUCCUCUAUAGCUGCGAUGAGAAGGCCGACAAGCUGCUAGAGAUCUUCAAGAAAAUCGCGAAGAACUCAAAGGAUCAAUACGACUCUUCUGUGUACCGCGCACUUGUUAUUAAGCAAGGCAAGCGUCGUGUCGAGACAUUGAUGGACGGCAUUUUGGAGAAUCUGGAAGCUCUUGUUUCACACCAUAUGUUUCCGACGGAGAUACAAAUGCAGGUCAAGCUAUUGGCAGAUGCUCGAGAGCAGCUGGCGAAAGCGACCCCAUCACUUGCCGAGUCUGAUCUGGCCGAGCAUCCCAACUCUGCCAAUCAGUAUGGCGAUAAUAAUCGCCAGUACAACUUGUUCAGUGACGGCACGCAAAAAAUCGCUGACGGGCACUAUUUUGAGGCGCAGGGAAAUCAGAAUUUCAGUAUGAUGCCCUCUAAAGAAUCCGUGGAGAGGCAGGUGGCAUAG